UUUUUUUUUUUUUUUCGCUUUUUUAUUGGUUCCCCUUUUCAUGGCUUCGUUCGCUCUAAGGUUUCUCUUUGUUAUUGUCUCUUAAACAACUCUCUUGCUCCAAUUGUCUGUUACUAUUGUCUUUCAUUUUCUUGCAGAUUCCUUCCCCAUUUUCCCGAGAUUCUUGACCAAGCCCAAACGCCUUUGAUUCGAUCUUCAUUUGUCGGUUAUUUUUAAUCUAAUGCGUCAUUUAAUAGCGAUAAAACUAGAGUAACUAUGAAAAACGGAACGGUAGAGAACGGAGUUUGCUCAAAGGAAUCGGUGGACGGAAGCCACGAUGUGUGGAGUUGUAAAGACUCUGAUUCUUCUUCUGCCGAUCAUCUUGUUGUUAUGGUCCAUGGAAUUCUCGGAAGUGCUACUGAUUGGAAAUUUGGAGCGGAGCAGUUUGUUAAAAGGCUACCUGAUAAAGCGUUUGUUCACUGCAGUGAACGAAAUAUGUCUAAACUAACUUUAGAUGGGGUGGAUGUAAUGGGUCAGCGUUUAGCACAAGAGGUCCUUGAAGUAAUACAAAGAAAGCCAAAUUUGUGUAAAAUCUCCUUUGUUGCUCAUUCUGUUGGAGGUUUAGUAGCCAGAUAUGCAAUUGGUAGACUAUAUAAACCUCCUAGUAUUGAAAAUGUUGGUAACCCAUCAGCUGAUACAAGUGAAAAGAAUUCAUGUGGUACAAUAGGUGGUCUGGAGGCUAUGAACUUCAUCACUGUUGCUACCCCACAUCUUGGUUCUAGGGGUAAAAAGCAGGUACCUUUUCUCUUUGGUGUAACUGCCUUUGAGAAAGUUGCAAAUGCUGUUAUUCAUUUGAUAUUUAGGAGAACAGGUCGGCAUCUUUUUCUCAAUGAUACUGAUGAGGGAAAACCUCCAUUGCUGAGAAUCAUGAUAGAAGGUCAUGGUGAAAAUUGUUUCAUGUCUGCACUGCAUGCUUUCAAAAGACGGGUGGCUUAUUCAAAUGUGGGCUAUGACCAUAUUGUCGGAUGGAGGACAUCGUCGAUAAGACGUAAUAGUGAAUUGCCAAAGUGGGAAGAUUCGCUUGAUGAGAAAUAUCCGCAUAUUGUACAUGAAGAAUAUUGCAAGGCAUGCGAUGCAGAGCCUAACUCUGUGGAAGAUGCUGGUCCUGAUAGGCUAGAGGAGGAACUGGUAACAGGCCUAUCUCGUGUUUCAUGGGAAAAAGUAGAUGUUAGCUUUCACAGCAGCAGGCAGAGGUUUGCUGCUCACAGUCUUAUACAGGUCAAAGACGAAGUCUUACAUAUUGAAGGUGCAGAUGUGAUACAUCAUAUGAUUGAUCAUUUUCUUACUUAGAAGUCAUUUACUCUUAGAACUAACACAUAUAAGCCACUGGUAUAAGGCUCGCAUAGGUGAAUGUGUCCCGGAUCAAAGAAAGGACCGAUUGCAUGGUAUGCAACUAAAUUCAGUCACAAGGAAUUUUGUUAAUUCCUGAUCUAUUGUUCUGUAUAUCUGUACAAUAUUUGUUCAUAAAUGCAGACAAUCCAAGUAGUAUUUGUAUCACUUAUUCCAUUCAUACAUGUGAUGAUUUAUUUAUAUAUAUGUAUGACAUAACAUAUACUAGUAUACAUUGAUGUUGCCGUGUCUGAUUAAUUUUAGGAGGGGCUGGUUAUUGAGUCA